AUGGAGGCCGGCAAAGAGAGUGCUGUGCACAAAAGGCAAGUCUUACUUCUUUGUGUAUUUCUGAGUGUAUCCUGGGCUGAUGCGGAUCCGCGUCGUUAUUUUGUGGCGGAAGAAACCGAGAAAGGCACGUUUCUGGCCAACCUUGCAAAUGACCUGGGGCUGGGGGUGGGGGAACUGUCAGCCCGAGGACCUAGAAUCGUUUCAGACCAGAACAUACGGUUUUUAGUACUCAGUCCACUGACUGGUGACUUAAUGCUAAAUGAGAAACUCGACCGAGAGGAGGUGUGUGGCCCCACAGAUCCUUGUGUGCUUCCUUUCCAGUUAUUACUAGAAAAGCCUUUUCAGAUUUUCCGCGCUGAAUUAUGGGUCAGAGACAUCAAUGACCAUUCUCCAGUAUUUCUAGAGAGAGAAAUUCGCUUGAAAAUCUUGGAAAGCGCUACUCCAGGGGAAGCAUUUCUCUUAGAGCGCGCGCAGGAUCUGGAUGUUGGUGUCAACAGCUUGAGCAACUACACCAUCAGCCCAAAUGCAAAUUUCCAUAUUAGCGUCAGGGAUGGCGGGGAGGGGACUCUCUAUCCAGAACUGAUCUUGGAUGAAGUGCUGGAUCGCGAGAAGGUGCCUGAGCUCAGUUUAACCCUCACAGCCUUGGACGGCGGCUCUCCGCCCAGGUCAGGGACCGCCCUGGUGCGUAUCCUGGUAGUGGACAUAAAUGACAAUGCGCCUGUAUUCGCGCAGUCGCUCUACAAGGUGCAAGUGCCCGAGAACCUCCCCGUAGGCUCGCUAGUUGUCGCUGUGUCAGCUACUGACCUAGAUACAGGAAGCAAUGGGAAAAUACAUUAUGUGGUUUUUUAUGCCACUGAAACUAUUCUCAAAACGUUUCAAAUCAACUCAACAUCUGGCGAUAUCCGUCUUAAAGCCCAGCUAGACUAUGAGACAAUUCAAAAUUAUACACUAACUAUCCAGGCCAAAGACGGUGGAGGGCUUUCUGGAAAAUGUACUGUGAUAGUGCAAGUAACAGACAUAAAUGACAACUCCCCGGAGCUGCUUAUGUCCUCACUUACUAGCCCAAUUGCAGAAAACUCACCUGAGACAGUCGUUGCUGUUUUUAGGAUUAGAGACAGAGAUUCUGGAAACAAUGGAAAGAUGGUUUGCACAGUCCAGGACGAUCUCCCCUUCGUCCUGAAACCAUCUGUAGAGAAUUUCUACACAUUGGUAACAGAGAAGCCUUUAGACAGAGAGCAGAUCUCGGAAUACAGCGUCACCAUCACCGUCACAGACUUGGGCACCCCCAGGCUGAAAACCGAGCACAAGAUAACCGUGCUGGUCUCCGACGUGAAUGACAACGCGCCCACCUUCUCCCAAGCCUCCUACACCCUGUUCAUCCGCGAGAACAACAGCCCCGCCCUGCACAUGGGCACCAUCAGCGCCACAGACAGAGACUCAGGAGCCAACGCCCAGGUCACCUACUCGCUGCUGCCGCCCCACGACCCACACCUGGCCCUGGCCUCCCUGGUGUCCAUCAACGCGGACAAUGGCCACCUGUUUGCGGUGAGGUCGCUGGACUACGAGGCCCUGCGAGCCUUCGAGUUCCGCGUGGGCGCCACGGACGCGGGCUCCCCCGCGCUGAGCAGCGAGGCGCUGGUGCGCGUGGUGGUCAUGGACGACAAUGACAACGCGCCCUUCGUGCUGUACCCCAUGCAGAACAGCUCUGCGCCCUGCACCGAGCUGGUGCCCAGGGCGGCCGAGGCAGGCUACCUGGUCACCAAGGUGGUGGCGGUGGACAGCGACUCUGGCCAGAACGCCUGGCUGUCCUACCAGCUGCUCAAGGCCACGGAGCCCGGGCUGUUCAGCGUGUGGGCGCACAAUGGCGAGGUGCGCAUGGCCAGGGUGCUGAGUGAGCGCGAGGCGCCCAAGCACAGGCUCCUGGUGCUGGUCAAGGACAAUGGGGAGCCGCCCCUGUCUGUCACCGUCACGCUGCACGUGCUCCUGGUGGAUGGCUUCUCUCAGCCCUACCUGCCUCUGCCUGAGGUGGCCCCUGAGGAGCCCCACGCUGACUCCCUCACCGUUUACUUGGUCAUAGCGCUGGCCUCGGUCUCCUCGCUCUUCCUCUUCUCGGUGUUAGUGUUCGUGGCAAUGCGGCUGUGCAGGAGGAGCAGGACCACUUCAGUAAAUCGCUUCUCAGUAACAGAGGGCCAAUUUCCGGGCCACUUGGUGGACUUUAACGGCACUGGAACCCUGUCCCAGACCUACCAGUACCAGGUGUAUCUGACGGGAGGUUCUGGGACCAAUGAGUUCAAGUUUUUAAAACCAAUUAUCCCUAGUUUUCCACCUCAGAGCACCGAGAGAGAAAUAGAAGAAAGUCUUUCACUUCAGAAUAAUUUAGGGUUUUGA